AUGGAUGCAGUGACUUUUGAUGAUGUGCAUGUGAACUUCACUGGGGAAGAGUGGCAUUUGCUGGAUCCCUCCCAGAAGAAUCUCUACAAAGAUGUGAUGUUGGAAACCUACCUGAACCUCAAAGCUAUAGGAUAUAAUUGGGAAGAACAACAUCUUGGAGAACAUUGUCAAAGUACUAUAAGACAUGAAAGGCAUGUAAGAAAUCAUAGUGGAGAGAAACCCUAUGAAUGUAAUCAAUGUGGUAAAGCCUUUGCAAGAUCCAGUCAUCUCCAAAAUCAUAAAAGAAUACAUACUGGAGAGAAACCUUAUGAAUGUAAUCAAUGUGGUAAAGCCUUUUCAGAUGUGAAUAAUUUCCAAAGACAUAAAAGAACACAUACUGGAGAGAAACCUUAUGAAUACAAUCAAUGUGGUAAAGCAUUUACACGGCAAAAUCAUCUCCAAUAUCAUAUAAGAACACAUACAGGAAAGAAACCUUAUGAAUGUAAUCAAUGUGGUAAAGCCUUUGUAUGUCAUGGUAGUCUCCAAUACCAUAAAAGAACACAUACUGGAGAGAGA